CAAAACCCAGACCAACAUCACAUCAGCGCGAUGACCUGCUGCUCUGUAAUUUGAUUCAUAUUAUCAGAAGAAAAAAAAUAGAACCUGGAUCCUUAUUCCGCAACACUUCUUGAAUCGAGAAGGAAAGUUGUUAAAGUUAAAAAAUUCUGCGCCGUCUUAGACGUCUUUGAGUUCUAUGUUUCUCACCAGCUCCCGAUGCAAAGUUCACAUGCCUGUGCUGCAACAAUUAUACCCCGACACCCUUGUUUGGCUUCUCUGUUGUUACUGGAAACUCUGAAGGAGACAUGGCGAAGUACGGAUAUGGCUACUAUCGGACUUGGAUUUUCCUCGCCAUGUUUGUGGGCUACACGUUGUAUUACUUCAACAGGAAGACGUUCUCGUUCGUCAUGCCUUCCCUGAUGCAGGACAUUAAACUGGAUAAGGAUGACCUGGGUCUUAUCACUAGCAGCCAGUCACUGGCCUAUGCAAUUAGCAAGUUUAUUAGUGGGGUGCUGUCCGAUCAGAUUAGUGCACGAUGGCUGUUCUCCUGUGGGCUCUGCUUGGUGGGUGGCAUUAAUGUGCUGUUCUCCCAGUCCUCCACGGUGGCCGUGUUUGCCAUCCUGUGGUUUCUGAAUGGCCUCGGUCAGGGCUUGGGAUGGCCCCCCUGUGGCAAAGUGCUGCGCAAGUGGUUCGAGCCAUCUCAGUUCGGAACGUGGUGGGCUGUGCUGUCCUGCAGUAUGAACUUGGCUGGAGGCCUGGGGCCAAUCAUUGCCACCCUCUUGGCUCAGAGCUACAGCUGGAGGUCCACACUCUUCAUCUCCGGCCUGACUUGCGUGGUCUUGUCCGUCUUCUGUCUACUGGUCAUCCGAAAUGAGCCUCGUGACGUUGGUCUGCCCAAUAUCGAAGUUGGUGUGAAGAAAGGCAAAACGGGUUCCAGCAAGGACCGUGAAAGCACCCUGUGGGAGUUCCUCUCGUCCCCCUAUCUAUGGGUACUGUCACUAGGUUACCUGGUGGUGUUUGGAGUCAAGACUGCUUGCACAGACUGGGGGCAGCUCUUCUUGAUUCAGGACAAGGGCCAGUCGGCACUUAUGGGUAGUUCUUAUAUGAGUGCCUUGGAGUUUGGGGGGUUGGUGGGCAGUUUAGCAGCUGGAUACCUGUCGGACAGGGCCGUGGCCCGGCAUGGCUUGCGUAUCUAUGGUAACCCCCGCCAUGGUCUCCUGCUGUCUAUGAUGGCAGGGAUGUGUGUCUCCAUGUACCUUUUCCGUACCACUGUCACUCAGGACAGCUCAAAUGUCUGGAUUCUUCUUUUGGGAGCUACUUUUGGCUUCUCAUCUUACGGCCCGAUCGCUCUGUUUGGCGUCAUCGCCAAUGAAAGUGCCCCCUCCAACUACUGUGGGACCUCCCAUGCCAUCGUGGCCUUGAUGGCAAAUGUUGGAGGCUUCCUGUCUGGGUUACCUUUCAGCACAGUAGCCAAGCAUCAUGGAUGGAACACAGCAUUCUGGGUAGCCGAAGUGACCUGUGCUGUUACAACAGUUGCCUUCUUCCUUUUGAGGAACAUCCAAACCAAAAUGGGACGUGCUGCGAAGAAGACUGACUGAGCAACAUGCUGUUACUUGUAUGUUUCCAAAAAAUUGAACAAAGACAACCUCUGUGUUCAUAUAAACUUGACAUUGAGGAGGGUGGUUAGAACCCUUUUGGAGCUGUAGUAUGUUUAUGCCACCUCUGUUAACUACUCACUUAGUCUCCUAUCACAGGAGGUAUGAAAUGUGCCCUGAAUGUUUUAAAAGCUACUCUGAGCUAAAAUUACACUCUCAACACUAUCUUAAGAUCAUCUUAAGGUUACAUGCUUUUGGAAAAUGUUCUGGGUUCUAAACUUGGCAUCUAAAAGAAAUCUGUCUUCAGAAGCAAAAAAACCUCCUAAAUAUCAGUUUAAAAAAUAUUUUAAAAAGUCAGAGGGUCUGGCUUUAAUGAUCUGUAAAGUUAUACAUAUUUUAAGUGUCUCAUUGCUAUACAGUAUGAUUUAUAUCUAUUCCAAACAGUUCUCCCAAAGGACGUCAUUUUCUGCCUCUACUACAUACUGCAUAUAUACUUUAAACUGCUGUAUUAUUUAUUGGGAAAUUUAGUUAUUUCAAAGAUGUAAGGAAUUCACAAAUUUAAAAUAGAUCCAGCGCUAACACAGGUAAAAAGAGAAAAUUGAGUAUUAGUGUGAAAGAUCUGUGAUGUCAUUUUUCACUCAGAGGUUUAACAACUCCAACUGAGGCUUUUCAGAAAUCUCUCUAGUCCUACCUCUAUUUUGUUAUUAUAAAUCUGUAUAUGGUGGUGUUUAAAAAAUGGGUUUUGCAACAGUUAAAAAACAUUAACUAAAAUAAAGUUUUACACAAUAAUUAUUUUGAAGUUAAUGGUUUAUAAUCUUUAAAUGGAACCCUGAUUUGAAUGUUAAUAAGUAACCUUCCAGCUGAAAACAGAAUAUUCUUGGAUAAACAGAAAAGUAUAAACAUCUUCAUGUGUGAUCGAAAAUAUUGUGUCAGACUUACUGAAUAACAGACAUUCUACUUUAGUUAAAUCAAGUUAUGGAUGGAUGGAAGUUACACAAACUGUCUACAAUUAAUCCUCUUUUAUGAAGCUGACAGGUAAACUGGAACGACUAGAUUGAUGUUUAUCAUUUAAUGUAAUAAAUAAAUAUUUUCUUGAUGCCAAUAAAACAAAAUCUAAUAUUCAACAAGCAGCAAAGGAAGCAGGAUAGUACCUCUCCCUGUCUGCCUUCAUUAACUCACACAAGGUGCAGCACACCUGAAAAGCAGCUACCCUUUUUUGGUUAGAUGGUUCAGAUCAUUCACACACCAGCAACUAUAAUCCAUAUAUACAGUUCUUUGCUGAUCAAAAAAGAAGAAGGAAAAAAA